CAAUUAAGUCUAUCUAGGGACAAUGAUAUUGGUAUCACUAGACUGUCAAGAGUCUCUGCACAAUUUUUACCGCCCGAUGGUUCCCGGGUUGUAAAAGUUCCGUCAGGGAAUUAUGAACUACGAUGUUCAUUUUUAUCUCAAAGAGGGUACUAUCCCGAUGCCCUUGAUAAAGCUAAUCAAGACAGUUUUUGCAUUCACACUCCGUUUGGAACAAGCCCAAAUGAUCAUUUCUUUGGUGUUUUUGAUGGCCAUGGAGAGUUUGGAGCUCAAUGCUCGCAGUUUGUGAAAAAGAAACUUUGUGAGAAUUUGCUUAGAAACAGUAAAUUUCAUUCAGAUGCUGUCGAAGCAUGUCAUGCGGCAUUCUUGAUGACCAAUACGCAGUUGCACGCUGAUGCUAUAGAUGAUAACAUGAGCGGAACAACUGCAAUAACUAUACUCGUACGAGGUAGGACACUUUACAUUGCUAAUUCGGGUGAUUCAAGAGCUGUUAUAGCUGAAAGACAGGGUAACGAAAUUGUGGCUGUUGACUUAUCAAUCGACCAAACACCAUUUAGGCCUGAUGAGUCUGAGCGGGUUAAGCUCUGUGGAGCAAGAGUUCUUACACUGGAUCAGAUUGAAGGAUUGAAGAAUCCUGAUGUGCAAUGUUGGGACACUGAAGAAGGUGAUGAAGGUGAUCCUCCAAGGUUGUGGGUGCCAAAUGGGAUGUAUCCUGGUACGGCUUUUACAAGAAGUAUAGGUGAUUCUGUGGCUGAGACAAUUGGUGUUGUUCCAAAUCCUGAAAUUGUUGUUUUGGAGCUCACCUCAAAUCAUCCUUUCUUUGUGAUUGCCAGUGAUGGGGUAUUUGAGUUUGUGCAAGGAAAAGUGGAAACCAAGAAAGCAGCGUAUCUGAAUCUAGUGGAAAGUGUAGACGAGGAGGAGAAAAGGGCAAAUAAGGAGCAUUAUAAGUUGGCUAAGAAAGAGGCAAAGCUAGCAGUUACGGCGGCCAAGACUGCAACUUUUAGUCGUUUGUAUGAGGAACUCGAGGGCCGAGGUGGGGAUAAGAGGUUAUUCAGAGUAGUGUUCUUGCUGUUGUUUUGUCUUAAAGAAAAUUUAAACUCUACAGUGAACUUUCAUGGGAGUAUAACACCAGUUUGCGCUCAUGCAUGUUUCUCUGUUGUAAUAUUUGUGCGUGUUCCACCUCAACAGGUUGCAAAGUAUAAGGAUCCUUGUGAUGCAUGUGCUGCAAUUGUUGCUGAAUCAUACCGUCUUUGGCUACAGUAUGAAACUCGCACAGAUGAUAUUACCGUGAUAGUUGUACAAGUCAACGGAUUGACUGAUGUUGCGGUUGGUCAAUCAACAAGUUCUGAUGUAGUUUUACGACCACCAUUGCCUCAGGUUGUUGAAUUAUCAGGAUCAGAAUCUCCAUCAGUUAUGAACUGGAAUUCCAGGAAUCAACGUGCCAGGCAAGAUAUAUCACGGGCACGAUUGCGUGCUAUUGAGAGUUCCUUAGAGAAUGGGCAGAUGUGGGCCCCCCCUUCUCCAGCCCAUAGAAAGACAUGGGAAGAAGAAGCACAGAUUGAACGGGUUUUGCAUGACCACUUUCUAUUUAGAAAGCUUACAGAUUCUCAGUGUCAAGUUUUAUUGGAUUGUAUGCAAAAAGUUGAGGUACAAGCUGGAGAUGUUGUAGUCAAACAGGUAUAUCUUUGUAACAGAGCUUAGAUCCAGCAAUGUAAUAUGGAUAAGGAAACCCCAAGAUGAAGUACAAUUUUUUUGUACGUUGUCCUGUAUUAUUGGUUUUAGAGGACCACAAUUGUUUGUAUUUGACAUUUGAGGU